CGUGUCGUGGAUUCAAGUCCCAUGUGUUAGGGAUUCAAACCAAAGAUCUGUAAUUGAGGACACGAAGCGACCAUGGUCAAAGAAGCCGACGAAGAAAUAUUAUAAGCAGCAAGCAUCAGGCCAUGACGGACAACAAGAGCCACCAGAACCCUCGUCUAAUGACAAUUCCCAUUAGCCUUGGCAAACCAUCCUUACGACGCCGUCUUGAAGACUACUACAGCCUUGUGAAUCCAAGUGCCACGGAAGAUGCGGUGAAAUGGCGUUCCAAGUUCGACCAGAUCUACGAGAAGUAUGGAGGCACGUAUGCGGGGGAACGAACUUUGGCGGCCAAGUUGGUCAAGAAGUAUGGAGGUUUUCACGUGAGAUUGCUGCGGGCGGAAUCCGUGCUUGUCAAGAAAAAGGAAGACAGUCCACCGACAGUUCCACGAGGACAUCAACGAGAGGAAUCCUGGUUUGCGCUUCGCCCAGAAGAACAAGGAAGUGGAGUGAUUUCCAUGACGAGUGAUCAAUUUGAUCCCCAGGCAGCCCUUGAAGCGCCCAGGGAUCAAGUGGCGCAAGAGAAUCCAUGGGUCGCCCAGACUCCCUUUUUGGCUCACACUGGCCAAGUUCAACACAUUCUCCCCAAAGACGAUCCACUUUAUAAACCACUUAGACGAAGAACUCCAAAGGCUAAGAAGGAGACCAAGAAGACUGAUAAUCAUCCUUUUGCUGACAUUGCCAAGGACCUCAAUUAUGGUCCUUUUUCCGUCAUGUAUCGAAUCUGGGAACAACGACAACGUGCCUGUGUUUUGAUUCGAUACGUCAAUGGCAUUCGAGGAACACUCACAGGCCGCUUGUUGGCUUUUGACAGACAUUUCAACAUGAUACUCACCAAUGUAGAAGAAGUUUAUCAGCCUCGGGAUACAUCCACGAGAUAUGGAGUGACACAAGAACCACAGAACGACGACAAGUCGCUGUGGACGUCACGGAAACGACGAAUGAGGCAAAUCAUGGUGCGCGGGGAUAAUGUUGUGCUGGUAUACAAGGCACCCGAAAAGACUCUUCCUGGAAAGGAUCACACAGGUACUGCCACUCGCAAACGACGACUGUCGGUGACGUAGAGCGUUGGGCGUGCGAGUUUCAUAGAUUGAUUCUUUUGGGUAACGGUAACACACCAUAUGUUUGUGUGAGUUGAGCCUUGGCUGCAGAAAUUGCUUGAUAAUGGAUUACUAGUAGCAAGACCCUGCUCAAAACGGUUGCAGCUCCUGCAUCUACAUCCUACCGUACGGUAGCCAGCUAAGAAGACGGAGUUUUACAUGUUCCUUUACGAUAGCUUUUUGUCCUCAGCUGACGCUCCCCUGUGACUCGUCGUGUC